UCCGGGGCCGGGGCCGGGACCGGGAGGGGCGCUUCGGGGCGCCCGGCGGGGCCUGGGGCGAGAGGGGAGCGGGAUCGGGCCGUGCCGGGCCGUGGCAAGCCCCGCCGCUCACGCUGUUCGUCUGCGCAGGGAGCGCGAUUCGGCCGCCGCCGCUGCCCCCGGAGGCUAAUUAGCCAGGAGGCUAAUCCCGGCCGGCCCCGCAGCCGCAGGAUGUCCGUAACGGAUCAAGCCUUUGUGACCCUCGCUACUGAUGAUGUUUAUUGUCAAGGAGCUCUGGUUCUUGGACAGUCACUGAGGAACCAUACGACAUCUAGAAAAUUGGCAGUGCUAAUUACACCAGGGGUUUCCAGUGGGAUGAGGUCUGUCCUGCGCAGCGUGUUCGAUGAAGUCAUCGAGGUGGAUGCACUCGACAGUGCUGACUCGGUCCGGUUGGCUCUGUUGCAGAGGCCAGAACUGGGUGUAACCUUCACUAAGCUUCACUGCUGGACUCUUACUCAUUAUAGCAAAUGUGUCUUCAUGGAUGCAGACACUUUGGUGCUUUGCAAUGUUGAUGAAUUGUUCGAUCGAGAAGAGUUUUCAGCAGCUCCGGAUUCUGGCUGGCCUGACUGCUUUAAUAGUGGUGUAUUUGUGUUCCGACCAUCUUUAAAAACUUACAACCUGCUGCUCCAGUUUGCUGCUGAACAUGGCAGCUUUGACGGGGGUGAUCAAGGCUUGUUGAAUAGCUUCUUCAGCAACUGGGCAACAGCAGAUAUUGGUAAACACUUACCUUUCAUCUAUAACUUAAGCAGCAGUGCUGUAUACACCUAUGUUCCUGCUUUCAAUCAUUUUGGCAGAGAUGCCAAAGUUGUUCACUUCUUGGGAGCGACAAAGCCCUGGAACUACAAAUACAACCUUCAAACAAAGAGAGUUAUGCACGAUGGCACCACCCCUGAGUCUUUUCAUCAACUGUCAUUUCUUGCCCUCUGGUGGAAUAUAUACAGUGCCAGUAUACUGCCUUUGUUAGAAAAACUUCAAAAGAUGGAACGAUCAGAAUCUGAGGAAUGCAAGCAUACUUUCAACGGAGUUGAAAUUACACUGAAAAAGGCUGAGCCUUCUGUGGCAAAUUCACUGCAAAUGCCUGUACCUCCAGAGCAGACAUAUGAAAUGCAUCCCACGGCUGGUCCACCUGAGGAACUCAGUUUCGAAGCUCAACCUGUAUGUGGAGUUGAACAAUGCGGUUCUAACGUCCAUCCCUCUGAGCCUGACAGACCUUCAGAACAACUUACUUUUCAUCCUGCGUUUCAGGAAACCUCAGAACUGAAUGAGGUUACACAUUCUGUUUCAGAGCUCUCUAUUCACCUCAAACCAGAAGAACCAAAUCCUGAAGAUGAACGGAGAAAAUGGGAGGAAGGGCGUAUGGACUAUAUGGGAAAAGAUGCUUUUGAACAUAUUAAAAAGAAACUGGACACAUUUUUAGUUUAAGAAGAAGUGAACUGUAAUGACCGUCAUGAUCUCUUUCUUCUAUAAAUGCAACCUUGAGCAUUUGGAUAUCUUCGUAGUUUAUUUGACACCAAAGUUGAGGGAAGAUUAACAGAUAGAGACUCUUGUUUGUUUUGUUUUUUAACAGUUAUGUGUGCCUUAUCUUUAUUGUUCCCCAAUAGUGCCUUCUGAGGUGUAAUGAAUGAUACCUUCUAAGUCUGAAACUCUCGUGUUUAUCACUGUUCCCCCAUUUAGUACUGUGCAGGAACAGUCAUGAGUAAAAUAUGUUGGAAGUUAAGAUUACUUCAGAGUACUUUUAUCUCUUAGAAGAGGCUUCAAAAACUUUUAAAAUGAAAACCUUUCUCUUGAAAGCAAAUUAACAAGUCCCAGGGCAACCAUGGUGUAAAUUUCAAUAUGAGAGAAAAAUGGGAUGAAAUCGUGGCCUCAUACGAGUCUAUAACUAAACUUUUUCAUUUAAGUAUAAUUAGGCUUAGAGUACAUUCAGACUUUGUCAGAGAUCUCUAGUGGAUAUUCUCCCUGUUUUAUAUGGAAGCUGCUCAGGUACCAGUGUGAUGAAGAGUAGUCUUAAGAUAGACUGAUAAUGUAUGUUAACCUUUUAUGUUCUUGCUAUAGGAUACCGCUUUUGUUUGUUUUAAUAUACAUUAGCUUUACUUCUGUGUUCAGAGUUGCAUAGUUAGAGGAAGAAAUGCUGACUGACACUAUGGUAUAAACCUUCUGGUGCUUCAUAUUAAUUUGUUUACAGUACUCCAGACUGCAGUUGACAAAGGCAUUCUUCUCAUUUAGCAUAGCUGCUCCAGUUUGAAUGCAACUGAAAACACAAUUAGUACUUGUUUUAGUAAAUAGGCCUUUUAAAGAUCUUUCAAACAAUAGCUGUGUGUUGGAACUAAUAAAUCUGAGUGGAGUUCCAGAAAAAUGUAUUGAUGAGACUCCUUUUAUAUUAAGUAACGGGGAUUGCUUUGUGAAUUUGGGUAUUUAAAUGUGACUAAUCUUGGCAAGUUUGUUUUACCAAACAAGAAAAAAAGAAACACUUUGAAAGAAAGAAGCUUGUCAGGCAUGCCAAUAUGAUAACAUAUUCAGCAGCAUUAUAAAUAACUGUGUCAAAUCUUAAAAUGAGAAUUCUGCUCUGCUGAUGUGGGAUCUGAGACAUGUUUUAGUCUUAAUCUGUCACCAAUUUUGGUACAGAUAAACCUAAUGAAAUAAUUUGGGGGUUUUGUUUAAAAAUCAGUGUAGCAAAGUUACACAGCAGAGGGAUUGCCAUAGAUGCUAGUGAAGGAAAAGGAGGGGUAGGAGGAAAGGAAAUAGUGUUUUCUUUUUCUUCUGUCAAAAAGGAUGGGAAAAGGGGGGGAUAACUUACACAAAUUAGGAAAGGAAUGAAAGAGUCAAAAGGUCCAUUAAAGGAAGAAAAGUGAUCUUUGCAUGUUUUAGAAUUACUACCUAAUGUUUGCAAUAAUGUAGUUACUUCUACUUUUGUGGGCUAUUUCCAGUUUUAUCUAUUCUUUUUCUCAUUUAUUUAUUUCUCUUUCUAUUCUUUUUCUCAUUUAUUCGAAGUAUUCCAAAUGUGGGAAGUGUGGGUCUCUCUGUCUUUGGGGGUCUGUUGAAGUUAAGCUUCUAGUCCAAGUUAGGUGUUGAAGGUCUCUGAAGUUGAAGAGAGAUGUCCAGAAGAUAAAUCAUCUCAGUUUCUCCACUGGUCAUAAAGGGACCCAUGAUAACUUGCCUUCCCAUGGCAGGUAACCUUCACACGUUCACGCAGGCAGGCCGUUUCUGCAUCUUGUUUUGUAUGGCCCAGCACAGCACUAUCUGGAGAUUAUGCAGUGUACUGAAUGUAUUCAUUUGGCGUUUGAUAUACUGAUCUCUGUCUUAGUCACAAGUAACUUGUGCACUUCUGAAAAAGGACUCCAUUUUAUAACUAUUUUACAGUUAUUGCUAAUAAACUUAAAACAGUUUUUGAAAACUGUAUAUAACAGUAGUCAGCAAUGCAAACUUGUGCUUUAUGCAGCUGUACUCCUACAGUAACAACUAGAUCUUAUUGGGAGAAUUACUUAGGUUAUGGGAAAAAUUAUUGAUGGGAAAUCAGUAAUUGAAAAGUUUCAAAAUAGGCAUAUCAAUGUAGUAGAAAGAGCUGUUAUGGAAUGCAUUUGAAAGUGUUAAGAUGUAAAUUGGUAUUGUGUGUGGAUUAUACAUUGUUUUGCAAAGAAAUGUAGCAAACUAAUGUCAUGGAAAUAAAGCAGAAAUGGAGAGUA